UGCAAAAUGCCACGAACGGAAUUUUUCGCUGGCACCGAAACUCGAACGCACAAAACGCCCAUGAGACCAGAUCACACAAAAACACACCACACCGGCAACCAACAAGAGGCACUACAAAGACAACAGCAACAAUCAUAUCACCCUCAACUCAAUCAAGUCGACCAUGACGAAGGAACUCGAGUCAUCAUCUUCAAGCCUGCUUCCUCGUCUUACCUUUCUGUCCGCCAAUGUGCUUUGGUUAGCGACUACCAUCGGUGGACUGCUCACUGUGUUACAUCACCAGCAGACCAAUGAUAUUAGCAAUCUACGGUGGGAUAUUGUGAUCUCUUUGCUGUUUUUCAACAACCUCAAUCUGUUGAUUGCCAUGAUUGAGAUCUCAUUGGGAAUCCACAUUUCUCUCAUCAAGAGCGAUUACAAAAAAUUGAAGGCCCGAAACCAGGAAGCAUUGGCUGCAGUAGAAUUGAUGAACAUGGAAAUUCCCUGGAACCGACUGUUCGAUGGCAAACUGUGGUCUCGUAUGUGGUCCACUUAUGCUCUCUACGAUCCCAGCUACCAAAAUGACGAAAGCUAUGGGUUUUUCAUCGAUGUUGGCAAUGGCUGGUCCACCAUCCCUCCCUGUCUCUUGAUGAAUGCGGCCAUUGUCCUGCCACAGCAUUUCUCCCCUUUGUUUGUUGGGUGUGUCUGUUUGGCCAGCUACUGGCAAAUGAUGUAUGGGACAAUCGUUUAUUUUCUGUCCUAUAUUUGGAAUGAAAGGUAUAAGGGAAAGCCCUUGGUAAUUUCUCUGGGAAUUGUUGGCAUUGCCAAUGGCAUUUGGAUGGUCUUCCCUUCGAUUGGGAUCUAUGCCUGUGUGUCCAUCCUGGACAAGAAGGAUUUUUCUGUUUUUGGGUAUUGAUUAUGUAUACAUCAACCCACUUGCACGUACGUACCCGUAGGGAGUAAACUAAAACUGAACAUAUUUGAAAUUGUAAAGCUCGAACUAUGGGUUUCCAAAAAAUGGCAAACCAGAGUUGUGAAUAAAAGAAUUAUUCCAGAAAGGCUGAAAUGAGUCCAUUUCCGGCAAGCUACCAAUCACUGCAUUCAUCUUUAGGUCGCAAUUAAUUUCAAUUAAAUAACGAGGUUGCUUGGUAGACUAC